CGACACAUUUUGACGUGGACGUCACCACAGCAAUGGCGGAUGCUGUAGGGGAAGUGCUUGAAGGCAGCUGGAAUCAGGAUCUGGCUGAUGCUCUUGGCUCUGCAGUAUGUGAUCUGAACAGCGACCAGGAUGGUGUCAUCCAGGUUCAAGACCUUUCCCCACCACAGCGGGCCAAAUUAUGGAUGAUUGCCCUGAAUGUGUCUGGUAAAGGAGAUAGUCUGUCCUCAUGGGAUGGGGUUUUGGACCUACCAGAACAGACGCUCAUUCACAGCCGCAGUCAGCAGCUCAUUGAUGAGCUGGGCAUACCAGUGGAGGAAGGACGGGACCUGGUAUCAGAUGUGGAGUCAGUGAUCACCUUCUACUGCAAGUCCAGAAAUGUUACAUUCACUUCAGAUCUCAGUUGGCCACACAUCCUCAAACCACUCCUGGGGUUACAGUUGUCCCGCAAAGACCUCUACAAUGGCUUCUACGCCAUCAUGAAUAAAUAUAUCCCAAGAGACUGCAUUGUAAAGGGGCGGCCUUUUCACCUGUUUCGACUCUUGCUUCAGUACCACGAGCCAGAAUUCUGCUCCUUCCUGGACACAAAAAAGAUCACUCCUGAUUCCUAUGCCAUAAACUGGCUGGGCAGUCUUUUUUCAAGCCACUGUUUACCUGAAGUCACACAGGCCUUGUGGGAUGUUUAUCUCCAGCAGGCCGACCCUUUUCUCAUCUUCUUCCUUAUGCUCAUCAUCCUAGUCAACGCCAAAGAUAACAUCCUUAUCCAAGAAGGAGACAACAAAGAGGAGAUAAUCAAAAUGCUGGAGCAGUCACCGUCAUUACUAGAGGCAGAGGACAUUGAAGACUUGUUUUCUUUAGCACAGUAUUACAACAGCAAGACGCCUCUAUCUCUUAGAAAGGAGAACCAUAAUCUGUUUGGCAGUAGUCUGGUAGCCCUGAAGGAAGAAGACAUGGACCUGAGUCAGGCGCUCUGUCUGCCUGUGUCAGUCCCUGAGAUCCUGCAAGCCAACCAGCUACAACCUGAGGGUGUGAGGUUUUUUGUGGUUGAUUGUCGUCCUGCCGAGCAGUACAAUGCUGGUCACCUCUCUACUGCCUUUCACCUGGACUCAGACCUGAUGCUUCAUAACCCCUCAGAGUUUGCCCUGUCAGUCAAGUCUCUUCUGGAGGCACAGAAGCAGUCUUUGGAGUCUGGCUCUGUGGCCAGUGGAGAGCAUUUGUGCUUUAUGGGCAGUGGACGCGAAGAGGAGGACAUGUACAUGAACAUGGUGCUUGCCCACUUUCUACAGAAAAACAAAGAGUUUGUGAGUAUUGCUAAAGGUGGAUUUAUGGCAUUGCAGCAGCACCUGGCAGAUAUAAAUGUUGAAGGGCCAGAUAACGUUUAUGUUCACUGGAUUGUGAGCACCUCAGGAUCCCACAGCAGCCUCAGCUCAGCGGAUGGAGAACUGAACAGCACAGAUGGCAAAGGAGUUAAAUCACUUGUCAACAAAAUGACAUUUGCACUCAAGUCAAAGUCAGUUAAUGUGAAAGAGAAGGUGAUCAGCUUCAUUGAAAACACUUCCACGCCAGUAGAAAGAAUGUCUUUCAAUCUACCCUGGCCAGACAAGGGAAUUCUGGAGCGGCAUGUAAGUAGCAGUGAUCGGGUGGGGAAGCCAUACAGGGGUGUCAAGCCUGUCUUCAGCAUUGGAGAUGAGGAAGAAUAUGAUACAGAUGAGAUUGACAGUUCAUCCAUAUCCGAUGAUGACAGGAAAGAGAUUGUUAAUAUUCAGACUUGGAUCAACAAACCAGAUGUAAAGCACCAUAUUCCUUGCAAUGAGGUCAAGGAGACCGGCCACAUGUUUCCAAGUCAUCUGCUGAUCACCGCAACACACAUGUACUGUUUGAGAGAGAUCGCUGCUCGGAAGGGUUUUGCUUACAUCCAGUCCAGACAGGCACUAAACUCUGUUGUGAAGAUCACCUCCAAGAAGAAACAUCCAGAGCUCAUCACGUUUAAAUUUGGCAACAACAAUGCUGCAGGAGUGGAGAUUGUGGCUGUGGAGAGGUAUUUAAUUCCAAAUGCGGGUGAUGCCACUAAAGUCAUCAAACAGCAAAUCAUGAAAGUGUUGGAUGCUCUGGAGAGCUCUUAGAGACACGAGCGGGGCUUCGGUCUGGUCCUCCAGGAGUCCACCGUGUCUCCAACAGAAACAGCCUGCAGGGGAAGGAGAAAGUGAAGCAUUCCUACACUGUUUUUGAUCAUCAUCUCCUCCAUGGGCAGCACUGAUGUGAAGGUCUGUCAGGACUCUUUGAGCUCAUCACCAUCAUGACUGAUAGGAGCUCUCAAACUUUGGCUGUGAGCCUACAAUAGAAAUGGUUUGGUUCAUUUUUGCUUUGUGAUUUCAUUCUUUGAAACUGACCUAAUUAAGCAAGUUGGAUUUGUUAUGUCUCCUUUUUCUGUCUCAAGCCUUAAUGAUGAGCUAUAGCUUUUUAUAUGAGUCUCAAACAGGCCCCCUGGAUGAGGAAAAAAUGGUUUUGGAACCUACUUUAAUGUUUGAGGUCACUAAUUCUUUUGCCAUCAUAUAUCGCUGCAUACUCAUGUAACAUAUUUAUCAAAGCAGUGUUUGUUUUUACACUAAGCAAAUUCAUCAGUAAACAGGCGUUAAGGUGAACAUAUGUACAUUUUUUUUUUUUUUUGGGAAAGGAUGCAACCCUUCAGGGGACGUUGCUUUGCACAAGAGGCUGCACAAGUGUGAUGCAUAGACUUCCAUGUAACUGUGCUGCUGACUCACUAAAAUGCCCAGAAAUGAUUAUAAGCUCUUGGUGGAGCACCUGUCACUUUCAGGUUCCUUCAAGUUGUUGUGUGAUUGCAGCUUUAAAAGAUUAAAGGGAAUGCGUUGAUCAGUGACCGUAAAAGGACCGUAUCCAAGUUGCAGGCAAGUGUACCAGAGAAUGUAUUGUGAAAGAAGCUGGAGAGUAAAAUGAGGCGGAGCAGCUUCUGUUGGAAGUAAAUUGAGUAUUCCAAAAUAAGUGUCCAUCAAAAAUAAUGCACAGUAUUAAAUGAUCUAUACGCAAGAGGUUGCAGGAGUGAAAAGGGAGCGGAAUUUGUGGAAUCCGGUCGGUCACGCUGUUCAAAUUCUCAAAUUGCAAAUGAUGAUAAUAUUUAUUUAAAAUACCCUGUACAUUAAAAAGAGAUUCAGAAGACCACCUUUGUUGAAACGACACAAUCUCCCAUUUAAAUGAAUCAAAUGAAGCCCACCGUGUCUGACUGUUUCAAUAAAAUCUGUUGAUUGAUAUAAAUGUACAAAAAAACAA